UGACAUUACUGCCAUUUAUUAGUAAAGUAUUUAAAUAUAUGUAUUUUUUGAGUUUUAUAUAAAAUAAUUUAAUAAAAGUGUAUGGUUUGUGUUUUUUUAAUAAAAACAAAUCCAUACAAUGGCUACUCCGAAAGAAAAUAAUAUCAGAUCAGGUUAUAUAGAAUUAAAUAAAUAUGGUCAGAGUGGAGAUUAUGAAAAGGCUUUGAAAGCUGCUAACAAAAUUCUUCAACUUGCCCCAGAUGAGUCAAAAGCUUUCCAGUGCAAAAUCGUAUCACUUAUACAAUUAUCUAAAUUCAAUGAUGCCCAUAAAGCAUUAUCUACAAUCUCUAAGCCUUCUCCAGAAUUAAUUUUCUACAAAGCUUACUGCGAAUAUCGUCUCAAUAAGCCUCAAGAUGCAUUGACGACAGUAGAUUCUGCAGGAAGUCUGACGCCUGAGUUAAAAGAACUCAGAGCACAGAUUUUGUACCGGUUGGAAAAUUAUAACGAGUGUUUGAGUGUUUAUAGAGAUAUUGUUAAAAAUACUAAUGAUGAUUAUGAAGAUGAAAGGGCUACUAAUAUGUCUGCUGUUAUUGCUAAUAUGUAUACUGAAAACCCAGAUAAAGCUCCUUUAACACAGCCUCAGUCUGAGCAUACGUAUGAAUUAUGUUAUAACGUAGCUUGCAUGUUGGUUGGACAAAUGAAGUACAAAGAGGCUGAAAUAAAAUUGAUUGCUUGUCAAGAACAAUGCAAGAAGAUGCUUGAGGAAGAUGGAGCGUCUGAAGAGGACAUACUGGAAGAACUUGCAAUAUUAAAGGUUCAACAAGCCUAUUGUCAACAACAGCUAGGUCGUAUUGCAGAGGCUACAGUAUUAUAUAAUGAGGCGUUACGUCAUAAAGCAAGUGAUGCUUCUCUAGUUGCUGUUGCUGGUAAUAAUUUGACUGCUAUCAAUGGAGAUCAAAAUGUAUUUGAUUCUAAAAAAAAGAUGAAAGCUGCCACGUCUGAUGCUGCCCAACAAAAAUUGAAUUACAGACAAAGAAAGACUAUAGCGUCGAAUAAUGCUUUACUUUCCUUGUACACUAAUCAAAGUGAAUUAUGCAAACAGUUGUGUUCACAUUUAAACAAAACAUAUCCAUCAGAAGUUUUAAAUUCUGAGCUCAUCAAAGCUAGUUUAUUAGCUAAAGAGAAUAACAUAGCACAGGCUACGAGUGGUUUACAAGCGCAUGCUAAAAAAUAUCCUGAAGAAGCACUUGCUGCAAGAUUGGCUUGCGUUCAAUUAUUAUUAUCUCAUGGUGAUCGUGCAGAAGCAAUUAAGCAAUUGAAGAAUCUUGAUGCAACAAGAUUUAAACCGGGAAUUGUAUCUGCGCUGGUAACUUUGUUGCAAGGAGAAGGAAGAAUUAAUGAGGCCUCACAAAUUUUGAAAGAAGCUGUUGAAUGGUAUAAGAAGAACAAGGAAAGUGCAGGUGAUUUAGAAAGCAUGUGGAGACAAGCUGCUGAUUUCCAUCUUCGUGGCGGAGAACCAGAGACUGCAGCUUCUAGUUUGGAGCAACUAUUGAAAAUCAAUCCAAAUGAUGUUAAAACGUUGGCUAGAUUAGUAGUUGCUUAUGUGCAAUUUGAUGCUGGUAAAGCAUUUAAGGCUAGUCAAAGACUGCCAACUCUAGGUCUUUCUGAUAACGAUUUGGAAACUUUGGAAAAUACCAAUUGGGCUAUGGGUUCCAAAAAUAAGAAGCCGGUAUCACGGGUUGAAGCAUCACCGGGAACUCCUGGUACUGAACUGCUGCAAAAAAGCAAAACCAAGAAAAACCGCAAAAGGAAAGGAAAACUACCUAAAAAUUAUGAUGCCAGUCAAACACCUGACCCGGAACGUUGGUUACCAAAACAUGAACGGACAGGUUUCAGGAAGAAGAGAGACAGGAGGACUAGAGAUAUUAUUAAAGGUUCUCAGGGUAUGGCUACUGGUGCAGCUGAUCAAUACGAUAUGACCAAAGCACAGAAUUUGCAAAACAAAAAUUCUCCUGUGCCACAAACAACCCCUGAUGCCCAGGGACCAAGGCAGCAGCAACGUAAAGUUACCCAGAAGAAGAAAAAGAAGGGUAACAAAUGGUAACAUGAAAAAUUUGGAAAAAAACAGUGAAAA